CUCGCUAGGCUAAUCCUUUGCCUGCAGCGCCAGCACCCCGGGUUCUAGUCCCAGUUGGGGCGCCGAAUUCUGUCCCGGUUGCUCCUCUUCCAGUCCAGCUCUCUGCUAUGGCCCGGGAAGGCAGUGGAGGAUGGCCCAAGUGCUUGGGCCCUGCACCCGCAUGGGAGACCAGGAGGAAGCACCUGGCUCCUGGCUUUGGAUCUGCGCAGUACAGGCCGUAGCGGCCAUUUGGGGGGUGAACCAAUGGAAAAAGGAAGACCUUUCUCUCUGUCUCUCUCUCUCUCACUGUCUAACCCUGCCUGUCAAAAAAAAAAAAAAACUUAUGUUUGAAAGUCAGAAUGGCAGAGAGGGCAUGAUAUCCAUCUUCCAGCUGCUGGUUCAGUCCCCAAAUGGCUGCAACAGCCAGGGCUGGACCAGACUGAAGUCAGGAACCAGGAACUUCAUCUGGGUCUCCCAGUCUGCUAUAUGCAUGGCAGGGGCCCAGACACCUAGGCCAUCACCCACUGCCUAUCCAGACACGUUAGCAGGGAGCUAAUGGAAGGAUUAGAAACAAAGCAACCUGGUCUUGCACCUGUACUCUUAUAUGGAUACUUGUGUUGCAAGCAGCAGGUUAAUGUGGUUUGCUACAGCAAUGGCCCCGAAUUUUUUUUUUUAAAGAUUUAUUUAUUUAUUUGAAAGAGUUACAGAGAGUGACAGAGAAAGAGGGAGAGAGGUCUUCCAUCUGCUGGUUCACUCCCCAAAGCCAGGAGCCUGGAGCUGCUUCUGGGACUCCCACACAGGUGCAGGGGCCCUGCGACUUGGGGUGUCUUCUGCUUUCCCAGGCCAUAGCACAGAGCGGGAUUGGAAGUGGAGUAGCUGGGACUCGAACUGCUGCCCAUGUGGGAUGCCGGCACCGCAGCCUCCAGGAGCACUGACUGCCCAUGGGAGAUGAAGGAUGGCGUCCAAGGGGGCCGGCGUGUCUCUCUCCCGCAAGAGCUAUAGGCUGACCUCAGAGGCGGAGACAUCCAGGGUCACAGGCAUUGUGCACGAGAAGCUGCUGAAUGACUACCUGCACCGCAUCUUUUCCUCUCCCGACCACACAACACCGACAGCCACCAGCAGGAAACCCUUGAACUUCCAGAACCUUCCAGAACACCUGGACCAGCUGCUGCAGGUGGACAGUGAAGAUGAAGAAAGCGAGGGACAGGUUGAAGGGCGGCUUGGCCCAUCCACUGUGGUCCUGGACCACACGGGUGGCUUUGAAGGGCUUCUCCUCGUGGACGAUGACCUCCUCGGGGUGAUUGGACACAGCAACUUUGGCACCAUCCGCUCUACCACGUGUGUGUACAAAGGGAAGUGGGUCUACGAGGUGCUCAUCUCCUCCCAGGGGCUCAUGCAGAUUGGCUGGUGCACCAUCAACUGCCGCUUCAAUCAGGAGGAGGGGGUGGGCGACACACACAACUCCUACGCCUAUGAUGGCAACCGGGUGCGCAAGUGGAACGUGACCACCACAAAUUACGGCAAGGCAUGGGCAGCGGGGGACAUUGUAAGCUGCCUCAUCGACCUGGACGAUGGCACUCUCUCCUUCUGCCUAAAUGGUGUGUCGCUGGGCACCGCCUUUGAGAACCUGUCCAGGGGUCUGGGGAUGGCCUACUUCCCUGCCAUCAGCCUGUCUUUCAAGGAGUCCGUGGCUUUCAACUUCGGCAGCCGUCCGCUGCGCUACCCUGUGGCGGGCUACCGGCCCCUGCAGGACCCCCCGUGUGCUGACCUGACGCGGGCACAGAGGCUGCUGGGCUGCUUCCGGGCAGUGCUUAGCGUGGAGCUGGACCCCAUGGAAGGGCGGCUGGUAGAGAAGGAGAGCUCUGAGUGGCAGUUGCAGGGCCAGCCCACUGUCCUCCUCACACUGGCCCACAUCUUCCAUCGCUUCGCCCCGCUCCUGCACCAGGUGUACUUGGUGGAGGCUGUGCUCAUGAGCUUCCUGCUGGGCAUCGUGGAGAAGGCCACACCCACACAGGCACAGUCGGUGGUGCACCAGAUCCUGGACCUCUUGUGGCUCUUCAUGGAGGACUACGAGGUACAGGAUUGCCUCAAGCAGUUGAUGAUGUCUCUGCUGCGGCUGUACCGGUUCUCGCCCAUCGUCCCGGACCUGGGCCUGCAGAUCCACUACCUGCGGCUCACUAUCGCCAUCCUGAGACAUCAGAAGUCCCGCAAAUUUCUGCUUAGCAACGUCCUCUUCGACGUGCUCCGGUCAGUGGUCUUCUUCUACAUCAAGAGCCCCCUGCGUGUGGAGGAGGCUGGCCUGCAGGAGCUCAUUCCCACCACCUGGUGGCCCCACCGCUCCAGCAGGGAGGGCAAAGACAGCGCGGAGGACCGGGCAGAGGCUGCGGAGGAGCGGCCCCGCCGGCGGGCCUACGAACGGGGCUGCCAGCGGCUCAAGAAGCGCAUCGAAGUGGUGGAAGCCCUGCAGGUCCAGAUCUUGAAGCUGCUGCUGGACAAUAAAGAUGACAAUGGGGGUGAAGCUUCUAGGUACAUUUUCCUGACCAAGUUUCGAAAGUUUCUGCAAGAGAACGCCAGUGGCCGGGGGAACAUGCCCACGCUCUGCCCCCCUGAGUACAUGGUCUGCUUCUUGCACCGGCUCAUUUCCGCCCUGCGGUACUAUUGGGAUGAAUACAAGGCUUCCAACCCCCGUGCUUCCUUCAGUGAGGAGGCCUACAUCCCACCCCAGGUCUUCUAUAAUGGCAAAGUGGACUACUUUGACUUGCAGCGCCUCGGGGGCCUCCUUUCACAUCUUCGGAAGACCCUCAAAGAUGACCUUGCUUCCAAAGCCAACAUCGUGAUCGACCCGCUGGAGCUCCAGGCGACCACCAUGGACGACCUGGACGAGGAUGAGGAGCCAGCCCCUGCUGCGGCCCAGCGCCCUGUGCAGGCCCUCGCCGUGGGGGGCGCCCUGCCCCUGCCUCGGCCCGGCUGGCUCAGCUCUCCAACCCUGGGCCGAGCUAACCGCUUCCUCAGCACAGCAGCCGUGAGCCUCAUGACCCCACGGCGGCCCCUGAGCACCUCGGAGAAAGUGAAGGUCCGCACCCUGAGCGUGGAGCAAAGGACCCGGGAGGACAUUGAGGGCAGCCACUGGAACGAAGGCUUGCUGCUGGGGCGGCCCCCUGAGGAGCCUGAGCAGCCGCUCACCGAGAACUCGCUGCUGGAAGUCCUGGAUGGCGCCAUCAUGAUGUAUAACCUCAGCGUGCACCAGCAGCUGGGCAAGAUGGUGGGUGUGUCUGACGACGUGAACGAGUAUGCCAUGGCCCUGAGGGACACAGAGGACAAGAUCCGCCGGUGCCCCAAGCGGAGGAAGGACAUCCUUGCAGAGUUGACCAAGAGCCAGAAGGUGUUCUCGGAGAAGCUUGACCACCUGAGCCGCCGUCUCGCGUGGGUGCAUGCCACUGUCUACUCCCAGGAGAAGAUGUUGGACAUCUACUGGCUGCUGCGCGUCUGCCUGCGCACCAUCGAGCAUGGCGACCGCACGGGUUCUCUCUUUGCUUUCAUGCCCGAGUUUUACCUGAGUGUGGCCAUCAACAGCUACAGUGCUCUCAAGAACUACUUUGGCCCUGUGCACAGCAUGGAGGAGCUCCCAGGCUACGAAGAGACCCUCACACGCCUGGCCGCCAUCCUUGCCAAGCACUUUGCCGACACCCGCAUCGUGGGCACUGACAUCCGAGAUUCGCUGAUGCAGGCCCUGGCCAGCUAUGUGUGCUACCCACACUCCCUACGGGCUGUGGAGCGGAUCCCCGAGGAGCAGCGUAUUGCCAUGGUGAGGAGCCUCCUGGCUCCCUAUGAGCAGCGGCCUUGGGCGCAGACCAACUGGAUCCUGGUGCGACUCUGGAGGGGCUGUGGGUUCGGGUACCGCUACACACGGCUGCCACACCUGCUGAAAACCAAGCCCGAGGAUGCCAGUUUGCCCAGCCUGCAGAAGCCCUGCCCCUCCACGCUGCUACAGCAGCACAUGGCAGACCUGCUGCGGCAGGGCCCCGACGUGGCGCCCAGCUUCCUCAACAGCGUCCUGAACCAGCUCAACUGGGCCUUCUCUGAGUUCAUCGGCAUGAUCCAAGAGAUCCAGCAGGCUGCUGAGCGCCUGGAGCGAAACUUCGUGGACAGCCGGCAGCUCAAGGUAUGUGCCACCUGUUUUGACCUCUCGGUCAGCCUGCUGCGUGUCCUGGAGAUGACCAUCACCCUGGUGCCCGAGAUAUUCCUCGACUGGGCCCGGCCUACCUCUGAGAUGUUGCUGCGGCGUCUGGCACAGCUGCUGAACCAGGUGCUGAACCGGGUGACAGCUGAGCGGAACCUGUUUGACCGUGUGGUCACCCUGCGGCUGCCUGGCCUGGAGAGCGUGGACCACUACCCCAUUCUGGUGGCAGUGACGGGCAUCCUGGUGCGGCUGCUGGUGCAUGGUCCGUCCUCAGAGACAGAGCGAGCCACGUCCGUGCUCCUGGCUGACCCCUGCUUCCAGCUCCGCUCCAUCUGCUACCUUCUGGGGCAGUCAGAGCCCCCGGCACCUGGCGCUGCCCUGCCUGCCCCUGACCGGAAGCGCUUCUCCCUGCAGAGCUAUACUGAUUACAUCAGUGCUGAGGAGCUGGCCCAGGUGGAACAGAUGCUGGCGCACCUGACCUCCGCCUCCGCCCAGGCAGCAGCUGCUUCCCUGGUGAGUAGGAGCGCCGCACGCCCACAGACAACAGUGUCCACCCAAGCUGAGCCCGCCCUAACGCUCCCUCCUACAGCCCACCAGCGAGGAGGACCUCUGCCCCAUCUGCUAUGCCCACCCCAUUUCUGCCGUGUUCCAGCCCUGUGGCCACAAGUCCUGCAAGUAAGUAGCCUCCAGGCACCUGCAGGUCGGGGCACAGGGAGCCCGGGCAGCGCUCACCCCCUGCCCCCGCCCUGGUGUUGCAGAGCCUGCAUCGAUCAGCACCUGAUGAACAACAAGGACUGCUUCUUCUGCAAAGCCACCAUCGUGUCUGUAGAGGACUGGGAGAAGGGAGCCAGUGCUACCGCCACCGCCGCCACCUCCUCGGCUGCCUAGCCCACGCAUCUGGAACCUCCGCCCUCGGGCCCAGACCCCAGGCUGGGCCCUAUUUAUGAGCGCCCCUCCCCUGCCCCCUCCAGCCUCCUGCCUGUGUGUGUAGUCUGACUGGUGGGAGCCUAGCCGCGGCCCUAACUGCCUGAGCUGAACAGGAGUCAGGGCCACAGCGCGCAUUAAAUUAUUAUUCCAGACAGCC